ACCUGAAUGAUGUUGUUACAGGAGCGACAAAAGAGAUCGGCACAGCGCUCACGAGGGUGUGUCUUCGGCAUCGAGCUAUUGAGACCAGGAUGAAGACGUUCAUAAGCGCUUUAAUGGAUACGCUGAUUACUCCGCUAUCGGAGCGGGCGGACGACUGGCGCCGGGGUGGCUGCGCGACCGGUGCCCUUAGUCGGGAACACGCUCGCGAGUGUAAACGAGCGCGGGCAGAACUCAGACGGAGGGUUCAAGAGGCACAACGGCAUGCCAGGAAAGCGCGUCGUGCUCAACCAGACGCGAAACGACGGGCUGAUGUCUGUAUGCAGGAUGUCCAGGAACGCAAACAACAGUUGGAAGAAAUGGAAGAGAAGGCGGUUAAAGCCGCUCUUAUUGAGGAGAGGAGCCGCUUCUGCCACUUCGUAUCGUUACUCAAUCCCGUUGUGGAGAGUGAAGUAGCAAUGCUAGCGGAGGUCGGCCACCUGCAGGAAGGCAGCGAGCAGCUCGUACGCCACACGGCGGAGCCUAGAACUUUACCAGCGGCCAGCUUACAGGUGGUAUGCGAUGUGAAAUCCUGCUACAGUGGUUGGGUCGAGAGUGGUUCCGCGCCACACUCGCCCUCCACUUCCUCAAGACUUGGAAGCCGAAAGUCCAGCCUUACUUCUAUCUCCUCACUGAAUAGCCAGUGUUCAGACCAGCAUGGCACAAGUGUAAGCGGAGGCGGAGGCAGUUGUGCGGGAAUAGUUGGAGGUAGCUCGACCCCGCUGUCGAGUGCGUCUUCAGCCGGCACGCUUCCUGCUUGCGACACGCCGCUCGCCGCUUCACAGUCAGUGUUCCGUUUGGCGAGCGUGUGCAGUGCCGACUCGGGUUUCCGAUCACAGGACGCUUUACAACGACGUUCGCUCUACGUUGACAAUGGUUCGGACAAUCAGAGCGUUAGCAGCGAAUGCAUCACGCCGGCUAAACACAUCGACGACGAACACGCGGACGACUCCCACGAUGGCAUCUCGAAUGCUGCGUCAGCGACAUGGCCUGACCUGAAGGAUACCGCUCAAUUCGAAAGGGCGGCGUCGGCUAUUAUGGGAGGGCGACCACACACUAUAUCAGCAGCGUGCGAGCGCGGCCACCCGCGAGCCGCCCUCAGCGUGCUGUCGUUCCGCGGCGACAAGCCUGACGAUGAACAUUCCAUCUACGCACGCCCGCCGCUGCCCACACGGUGUUCAUCGUUGGAGCGGCCAUCCGUGCCCGCUAAGUCGACCAACGCCAACACUGGGCAGUCGGAGUUUAAACCCACCAAGCCUUCGUCGCUGCCGCCGCAUCUCACUAAAGACAUGCCAGCGCUGUACGUGAACCUGUCCGAGCUGGCGACUUUAGCAGCGGCGCGGGCGCACCACCACGCCACCACGGCCACCACUGCUGCGGCUGCCGUUGCCGGCGACCACCCGCACCAGGAGAAGGUAACCUUACAAUUUAUAUUUCUUUUUAUACUACUUAGA